UGUGARCUCUUGCACCUCCUCUGGUAGACCCAGGUGACUCAGGGACAAAAGGCAAGGUCUUAUGGAGAAAACAAGCUGAAGACCAUGGAGCUGUGACACCUGAUAUUAGCUAACCAGCCGGAGAUAUGGAAGUUGGAGAGGGCUACAAGCACUCUGGUCCAGAGAUAGUGCCAAAUGGAUAUGCAAACCAGGUUUUCCAAGCAAACAUGGAGGAAGGCAGCACGGAUGCACUGGAGAUCUGCGAUGAUGAGCACUACACAUCCAGUGGCACAGUCCAGAAUGGACAGGAAGAAGGGCCCAGGUAUAAGAAAAAGGCGAAGGGCAGCCGGAUCUGGAAUUUCGUUAGUCGGAGGAAAGGACCCUCCAUGAAUAACAAAAGACCCCAGUCCAUGAUCCUGCUUGGAGUUACCACUGAGGCCCCAGAAGAAAAAAAAACUACCUUCAUGGACAGGGUGAGGUCCUUGAGAAAGCUAAGGACCUCCAGCAUGUCUAAGAAUGUAGAGCUGAGAGCCUCCAAGGUUCAGGUUGCUUGUGCCCCUGAGGAGGACCAUCAUGGCAGUGGCCAAAGAGCAGUCUACAGGAUUAAGAAGCUGGGGGACAAUCAGAGGCCUUCCCGCCACUCGUACGCAGGGUACAUUGAUGAUUUGGAUUCCUCUUUUGAAGAUGUAGAGCUGAAUAUCAGCAUUCCUGAAAUUGAUGCCAAUGAAAAUAAAUGGCUCAGGGAUAUUAGUGUCAGAUUACAGAGUGAAGAUAAUGACAGUAACUGCCAUAAAAUACCAGUUAGGAAGAGCGAGUCUUUGAAUCUGGAGAACUUUAAGAGUUCUGCAAUUACGGAAGGGGACAAUCAAAAGAGGUGUAUCGUGCUCCCACAGGAGAGCAGGAGGGGGAAGAGCUCUGAUGUUUGGAGCUAUCUGAAAGGAAUUUCAUUAACUAGCAAAGAUAAUUCAAAGCCUCCAGAUCAAAGGGUUGAAACCAAUUUCCAGAACUUAGAAAGUAUAACUGAUAAUUCUGCUUCUUAUUUGGACUUUGAUACGAGAUGUGAGGGGAAUCUUAGCCAGCGGAAAAAAUCAAACGGCGCCACCAAAGCCACUCACUUUGGGGGCGUUGUGAGGUUCUUUAACAGUGUUGCUGAGGCAGCUAGGAAGUUGCGAGGCUCUUCAAGGGCGUUUUCACCAGACGAGAGAAGACCUCAGUCCAGUUUCAAAAGCCGGAGGCAGGAUGCCACCUCCCACAAAGAGGCCUUGGUGAUCGAGAAUGAGAACACAAGGGUUUUCUGCAGCACAGGAGCAUCUCUGCAGUCUCCGGAUUCAGGGAUCUGGGAUAAUCAGAGCUCUGAGAGUUCAAUGGGAAAGGAAACUGCGCAGCGUUGCAAAAACCUGCAGGUAUCACAAGAAAUUGGCUGUUGUGCCCUGGGCAGUGAGAAUGAUAGUUUUAAUGAAAUGUCCCUUUCUCCCUUUGGGCCAGAACCAUCCRUCUCCCCCCUGCCAGAGCUCCCAGAUGACUCUUUUACUCAAGACCCCUCUGAGACUCUGCCACAAUUUCCAUGCAUGACGCUGACUAAAGUAGGUAAUGAGAAUGUGGAUUGUGCUCUAGAGGAUACCAAAGACACGGGUUGCUCUCCAGCAGAGGCUCGAGAGCUUUCAAAGACAGACUUGGAUAUGCAGGACCUUAGGAAUACUGAGUUAUAUUUGGGAGACUUGUCUACAGAUGAACUGGAGGUUGAGGAUACAAGCAGUACUCUACAAGAGGCACAGGACUUGGGCAUGGAGCUGUCAUGUUCUCAAGAUCUUUCUGUGAAUAAUCUGGGUGCUGAGGACCCGGGCAGUUCUCCAGCUGCUCACCAUAACUUUUCUGCGGUGAUUUCUUUAAAACGUGCAGCAGUUAAAGAACAAGUUUUAGAGCAGACUGAUUACCCUGUCAAAAAGCAUGGAACAAGUUCACCUGUAGAACUAAGUUCUGCAGAGCUCCCUGAUGGCGAGGAUGACUUUAACUGCAACGAAGCRCGCCGCCCGUUCCAAAUGAACGUCUGCACAAUUGUCUCCUUUGGCAAGCUCAACAAUGGGAAGCCUCUGUCUCAUCCUCUUCAUCCAUCCCCACAAGCGCCUCCCUUCAAAAUCCUCCUGGAGAGAUGCCGCUCCUUACCUCUCUCGCAGAGCACCCCCAUGGGGCUGGACCAGCUGGGCUGGAGGCGGCGGCUCUUGCUGAGCGCAGGCGCUGAGAACGACCUGGGUUCAAAGACGCUGGAGGUGCGCAGGGACUGCAGGAACGGCCGCAGCCGAUGGAAGCCCCUGAAGCCUGGAGCUGAGCAGCUGCUGGUGGAUAAACUGUGUCGUCUCGGUGACAUGUUUAUGUGCCUGACGCUUUCCCUGGGCGUUUUGCUAACAGAGGUGCAGUCCCAGAGGGUUUGA